CACAGCUGACGGUGACUGACUGACAGACAUACAAAUACAGUCAACCGGAAGCCGGCAUUUGGUGCGAACGCGUCUGUUUUUUAAAUAUCAGUGAAAUUGUAUUUGGUAGUGCGCAAUUAAAAUCAUAAUUUACUUCGAGCAUACGCUGAUUUCUUUUAAAGAUGUCGCGUCUAGACCUGGUAAUCUUUGGAGCCACAGGUUUUACUGGCAAGAAAGCGGUGGAGCACCUAGCCAAGGGGGGGAAGCAGUAUGAGGGGGUCACAUGGGGGGUGGCGGGCCGCUCGCAGAGCAAGCUGGAAUCCAUCAUGGCGGAGAUCUCUAAAAUAGCAGACAAAGACCUCAGCGCUGUGAAGAUCAUAGUCGCCGAUAUAUCCGACGAGAAGUCUCUAAAAGACAUGUGCAGCCAGGGGAAGGUGCUAGUGAAUUGUUGCGGGCCCUACCGACUGUACGGCGAGCCCGUGGUCCGGGCGGCUAUAGAGGCUAAGACGCACUAUGUUGACGUCAGCGGGGAGCCACAGUUCAUCGAGACGGUCCAGUUGAAGUACUCGGCCCAAGCUCGGGACGCUGGCGUGUAUAUAAUUAACGCUUGCGGGUUCGACAGUAUCCCCAACGAUAUGGGCGUCAUCUUCCUGCAACAGGCUUUGGCUGGCGGUACCCUAAACUCGGUGGAGUCUUACAUGAGUACAUACGUCCCGCCGGAGUACCAAGCCGAGGCUAGGAAGAGCGGCCUCAUAAACUACGGCACUUGGGAGUCUCUUGUGCACAGUUUAUCGCAUUACAGCGAGUUGAGCUCUCUUCGUAAGCAGUUGUACCCCGAGAGGCUUCCUACCUUCAAACCGAAGCUGGAGAGACGGCCGGUCCUCCACAAGCGUGACAACGCCUGGUGCGUGCCGUUCCUGGGCGCGGACGGCUCCAUCGUGUACCGCACGCAGCGGACUCUGCACGAGGCGCACGGCGACAGGCCUGUGCAGUUCAAGGUAUACGUGCAACUCUCGAACCUAUUCUACACCACGCUUAUGAUCCUAGCCGGGAUUGUGAUAUUCCUAAUGUCUAAAACGAAAUUCACUCGGCAACUGUUACUGGAACACCCUAGAUUGUUCUCGGGGGGGUUUGUCACUCGUCAGGGACCGAAAGAGGAAGUCAUGAACAACUCGUACUUCCGGUUCGACAUGAUCGGCGCUGGGUGGGAGAAGGGGCGGGAUGUGGAGAAGACGCCGCCUAAUAAGGAGAUCGUUGCUAGGGUGUCGGGUGUGAACCCUGGGUACGGCGCGACAGUGGUGGCGUUACUUUACUCGGCCUUAACGGUGCUCCGCGAACAGGACAAGAUGCCGCAGCAUGGUGUCUUGACCACAGGAGUGGCCUUCCGCAACACGAACCUGAUUAAAAAUCUCAACGAAACAAAGGAACUCAAGUUUGAAAUACUCGAGGGCAAGUGAAAACAGUAUUGUAUUUAACGUAUUUCAAAAAAAAAGUAGCUGCUUUUUUUGGUAAAUUAUGUGCCAAUGUGUCUUUAGCCUUACUGUGCCUGAUAGCGCAAAAUGAUGAUACACCCAAAAAAAAAAUAUGUUUCUCAUAAAAAUUUAUUUCGUGAAAUUUGCUCUUUUGUGGGAUUAAAGUUAUGUGAUUAUUUAUUAUUAUUUUUUUUUAAUUGGUAAAAAAGAAUAAAGAAGUCCCGUUCCGUUUUUUUUUUGUAAAAUUUACGUAUGAGCUUCUUAAUGAUCAAGCCGGAUUUACAUUACGAAAUUAGUUGCAUGACAUUUGUUUUACAAAAAAUAUGCGCACAGCACAAAACUACUCCAGUUGCACAAAAGUAAUGCAUGCAUUGUAAAACUGAACGUCUACACGUGAAAUUACUGGUUCAAUUAGUUUUAUCAAACCAAUUUCUGACGGCCUCUGUGGCGCAGCGGUAGUACGCUUGUCUGUGACACCGGAGGUCCCGGGUUCGAAUCUCGGCCAGGGCAUGAUGAGAAAAGCACUUUCUGUUUGGCCUGGGUUUUGGAUGUUUAUCUAUAUAAGUAUUUAUUAUUAUUAUAAAAUAUAGUAUCGUUGAGUUAGUAUCUCGUAACACAAGUCUCCAACUUACAUCGAGGCUAACUAAAUCUGUGUAAUUUGUCCCGUAUAUAUGUAUUUAUUUUAUUUAAUUUCGAGCCACUAAUUUCGUAAUGUAUAUCCGGCUUUAGUUACAUACGGAAUAGUUAAAAAAGCGCUCCUGCCUCUUUUAUUUUAAUUCUGAGAGGAAUAAUGUGUUAAAACACAGAUUUUUAUUCACUACUGCAUUUAGCUUGAUUUAAUUGUUCGCCUAUACUAUAAUAAUAACUUGCUUUUAUAACUGAAAAAUAUAUUAUAAAUAACUUUAUACAGAUGCCAUAUAUAACAAAUAUACAAGUUAUGUGUGACAGCGAUUCCCAUGCACCAUUUUCAUACAACUUUAUCUUUGCACUACAUCAUAGGUAAUGUCAAAUUAAUAUUGUAUGUUUAUAUUGUUUAUGUAAAUUCGAUUAUAUAUUUUUUUACAUUUUUUGUUAAUAAAUAGAGGAAAUACAAAAUUUUAUAACAAAUAAAAAAAUAUUCAUUGAAUAUUACGAAAUUUUUCAUUCCAGAUGUAUUUAUUUGCGUUUUGUUAACUUGAUGUUAAUAUAAUGCUUAUAUUUUGUUAUUAAUUAAAGAGAUAAUUUCUUA